AUGAAGACAUCCACACAGUCCCCCUCCGUCGAUGCCAUACGGAACACGAUUAUCACUCGCAGUGACUCUUCUUUGAUGCUCAAUGACGAGCGAUGGACCAUUAGCGGUGCCAACGUCUACUGGCUCGGUCUUGAUGAGAAUGUCAUACCUCCUUCCGGCCAACCUUUCUACGCGCCUUUCAAAGCGAGCUAUCCAACCUUCGGACGCAUCACGGAAAUCAUGAAUACACUUCAGAUCAUGGGUGCGACAACUCUCCGCGGUCACACCCUCGGUAUCAGUGUCGGCAAUCCCCUGAGCGUCAUGCCCGAACUGGGCGUCGUUAAUGAGCAGGCGUUCGAUACCAUAGACUGGGCCAUCUAUGAAGCAAGACGGCAUGGUCUCCGCAUUUUUGCUCCGCUAAUCGACAACUACGAUUACUACCAUGGUGGCAAAUACACUUUCCUCCGCUGGGCUGGAUUCGACCUCACCGGAUACGACUCCACCAACCCCGAGGUCAUGCAGUUUUAUACUAACCAGACCAUCAUCGACGACUUUAAGAACUACAUCAAAGUGAUCCUUACUCGCACCAACCAGUUCACGGGCUUGACAUACGCCGAGGAUCCCACGAUCUUUGCUUACGAGACCGGUAACGAGCUCGGGGGACCUAAUUUUGGAGACAUGUGGGUCCCGAACGAAUGGACAGAGCAGAUUGCGUCAUACAUCAAGGAGCUCGCCCCCGGCAAGCUUGUCAUUGACGGGACCUACGGCGUCAACGCAACACACCUCUCCAUCCCCACUAUCGACAUUUUCUCCGAUCACUUCUACCCACCCGACAUCGCAAAGCUCGAAAGUGACAUCAACCUCGUCCAAUCCGUAAACAAGGUGUACAUCGCUGGAGAAUACGAUUGGACCGGAAACGUCGCUUCUGCUUCUCCACUUCCGGAGUUCUUCAGUUCGAUUGAAGCUAGCCGUGUCGUAAGCGGAGACCUAUUCUGGAGCCUGUUUAUGCAUGAUGUUCCCGAUUGUACGAUUUAUGUGAAUCAUACGGAUGGCGAGACGCUGCAGUAUGGUAAUCCGGAGAAUACGGUGCAGAUCAAUACGCAAAUCUCGGAGAUCAGGCAGCAUCUUUUCAGGAUGCAGGGAAGGAAUGUCUCUUCGUACCUCCCUCCGGUGCCUUGCCCGGGGUAUAGCUGA